UGCAGUUGCUGCGUCAGAGGACACGUCAGGAGCGCUCUGAAGCGACCGGGAGGAGACAGACUCACCGCUUUUUCAGCUUUAGGAGGCAGCGGCACCGCUAUCCAGGAGCGACGCCACUUCCUGCACAAACAAGCCUGAAUUUAUUGAUUUCUGGGCGGUGUUGAUAAAGAAGACCAGGUAUAAAUAUGGUGUUCAGAGGCACAGUAUCCGAUGCUCCGGACUUUGAUCCCACCGCUGAUGCUGAGGCGCUUUACAAUGCUAUGAAAGGCUUAGGUAGUGACAAAGAGACUAUAUUGGACCUGAUCUGCUCUCGAUCCAAUGCACAAAGACAGGAAAUGAUUACAGCAUACAAAAGCAGUUUUGGGAAGGACCUGAUUGAAGAUCUGAAAUAUGAGCUCACAGGAAAAUUUGAGCGUCUCAUCGUCAGUCUGAUGAGAACGCCAGCCUACCAUGAUGCAAAGGAAAUCCAUGAUGCAGUCAAAGGUGCUGGAACAAAUGAGAGAUGCCUGAUUGAGGUCCUGGCAUCUAGAAACAACAAACAGAUGCACGACAUGGUGGCAGCUUACAAGGAUGCCUAUGGCGGAGACAUUGAGGAGGAUGUAAUCGCAGACACCUCCGGUCACUUUAAGAAGAUGCUGAUUGUUCUACUUCAGGGGACCAGAGAUGAGUCAGGAGUGGUGGAUGCAGACCUGGUGGAGCAGGAUGCACAAGACCUGUACGCAGCGGGAGAGGAGCAGUGGGGAACCGAUGAGGCCAAAUUCAUCAUGAUCCUGGGAAACCGCAGUGUGACCCACCUCCGCAUGGUUUUUGAUGCAUAUGAGAAGGUUGCAGAAGUGUCCAUUGAGGACAGCAUUAAGAGUGAACUGUCGGGAGACUUUGAGAGGCUGAUGCUGGCUGUUGUCCAGUGCAUAAGGAGCGUUCCCAUGUUCUUUGCUAAGCGCCUCUACAAGUCAAUGAAGGGACUUGGAACAGCUGAUAACACUUUGAUCCGGAUCAUGAUUUGUCGCUCUGAAAUUGACAUGUUGGACAUCCGAGAGUGUUUCCGUCUCGGAUACGAAAAGUCCCUUCACCACAUGAUACAGGAUGAUACAUCAGGAGAUUACAAGAGGACUCUGCUUAAGCUGUGUGGGGGCGAUGACGACUUAGCUGGAGAGUUCUUCCCUGAAGCUGCUCAGAUAGCCUACAAGAUGUGGGAAUUAAGUGCCAUGACCAAAGUGCAGUUGAGACCUACAGUGCGGCCCGCAUCUGAUUUUGACCCUGCAGCUGAUGCACAAGCCCUGAGGAAAGCAAUGAAGGGAUUUGGAACAGAUGAAGAUGCAAUCAUUGACAUCAUCGCACAGAGGAGCAACGAUCAGAGGCAAGAGAUCCGGCAGACUUUCAAAUCUCUGCUGGGACGGGAUCUGAUGAAGGACCUGAAGUCUGAACUGUCAAAGAACUUGGAGAGGCUGAUCAUUGCACUCAUGUUGACGCCAGCCGAAUUUAAUGCCAAAAUGAUGAAAAAGGCAAUGGAGGGAGCGGGCACAGAUGAACACGCCCUGAUCGAGAUCCUGGUCACCAGGAGCAACGAGGAAAUACAUGCCAUGAACGCUGCCUAUCAGCAGGCCUACAAGACGUCUCUGGAGGAAGCCAUCCAGUCAGACACAUCAGGCCACUUCUGUCGCAUCCUGGUUUCUCUCGUGCAGGGUGCGAGAGAGGAGGGCCCAGUAGAUGUGGAAAGGUCAAAUUCGGAUGCGCAGGAACUUGCCGAUGCAUGCAAUGCAGAGUCUGAUGACAUGGAGAUGAAAUUUAUGAGUAUCCUGUGCACCAGGAGCUUCUCCCAUCUUAGGAGAGUGUUUCAGGAGUUUGUCAGAUGCUCAAAUAAAGACAUUGAACAAAUCAUAAAGAAGGAAAUGUCAGGCGAUGUGAAAAAUGCCUUCUAUGCAAUAGUUCGCAGUGUGAAGAACCAGCCUUCUUACUUUGCAGACCGUCUGUACAAAGCGAUGAAAGGUCUUGGGACAGAUGACAGAGCUCUCAUCCGCAUCAUGGUGUCUCGUAGUGAGACUGACCUUUUCAACAUUCGCAAAGAGUUCAAGGAAACGCAAGACGCGUCCCUCCAUGAAUUCAUCCAGGUAGAAACUAUGAUCGGUGAUACCUCAGGAGACUACCGUAAAACCCUGCUGAUUCUCUGCGGAGGAGAAGAUUAAACCUUUCACAUCUCUGCAGAUUUAUUCACAGACUUAAGUGACCACAAGAUAAGCCUGUUCACAGAGUCAAAACAGUGGGGGUGUGUGUUUGCAUCCGUUGCCAGUGUUCUUCUGCAGCUCUUCAGCCAAACCAAGUCACUACUACUACCCCAGUGUUGACCUCUCAGUCUUGCAAGCCACUUCUCUCCUUUUAUGUCUAAUUGCCAGGAUCAUGUCUGUUUUUUUUUUUGUUUUUUUUUACAUAAAGAUGUUAAUUUUAUUCUUGAAGUGGGCUUCACAGGUACAGCCAUGCAGCGUAGUAAAUGUUAAAGCAGUGCCUUCACCUUCCUGCACGUCCAAAGAGUACUGUAAUUUCUAAGGUAUCAAAUUUACCUGAAAUAAACAAAUACAACGAGAAAA